AUGCCGCUAGUCACUGUCCAUUGGCUGGCGAUCCCGGCGCUCCUGCUGGCGGCGCGGCUACUGGCCCAGACCCCCAGCCGGUGCGGCGUCAGGAAGGCGGGCAGCGGAGGGAGCGCCGCGCCGCCCGGCCUCGCCCAACCCCCACAGGGGAGCCCGUGGCCCUGGCAGGUCAGCCUGGAGCUGGCGGCCGAGAACAAGCACUUCUGCGGCGGGGCCAUCAUCAGCGAGUACUGGGUGAUCACGGCGGCCCAUUGCUUCAUCCCGCCUGUGCCUCAGAACCUGCAGGAGAUCGUGGUGGUGACCGGGCUCAACAGGCAGAUGAACCCCGAGCAGUGGGCGCGCUACUCCAACCCGCACGACAUCAUCAUGCACGAAGAGUUCAACGAGCAGACGGGCGAGAAUGACAUCGCCCUGGUCAGGAUGGUGGAGCGCAUCAACUUCGGCGAGCACGUCCUGCCCGUGUGCUUCCCCGACAGCAACAUCUUUUUCGAGAACAGCUGGUCCGCUUGCUACAUCACGGGAUGGAUGAAGUCCGGGGAGGAGACCUCCGACCUCCUCCAGGAAGCGCCCGUCACCUUCAUCUCCUUCAAAGACUGCAACGACACCAUCUUCAGCGGCAAGCUCCAGCCCUCCAUGAUGUGCAUGGACGUGGAGAAGAGCCUAGACCUCGCCUGCCACAUGGACUCCGGCGGUCCGGUGGUUUGCAAGGUCAAGGGCGGCAGGCAGUUUUUCCUGAUCGGGGUGGUGAGCUGGAUGAGCGACUGUUCCCAUCGCUGGCCCGGCGUCUUCACCAUGACCAAGUCCUAUCUGAACUGGAUUGAGCAAGUCACCGCCCGCUAUGGGAAGAUGUUCGACUUCAGGGAGUACGGCGUGGAGCGUGUUACCCGGCAGCCGAGAAUCAUGAUCCAUGACAGAAACAAUGAUGUGGUCUUGCAGGUUCCAGAGAACCACACUAACUCCAACGUGUCCUGCACCCCUCCAUCAUCCACGCUGAGCACAGACACGGCAAAGACGGCCACCUUUACACUGGCAGCUUCUGGGAACGUCUGCUGCACUUCAGUAAUUGGGAUGGCAAUGGUCCAUCUCCGCUCACUCAUAGUCACUGUGCUGGCGACCUGA